AUGGCGUCCCAAAAACAUGUCGCCGAGGUCCCGCGCACUCUCCUUCCCCGCCUGACCUGGAACAGUGCCUCGUCGCGCCCUUCCAUAACCAUCACCCACCAUCCCGCACUCCCAAGUCAAAGACCACUCCUUCGAGGCUGGAGUCCCCUGAACCGACACACCCAUUCUCUCAGCCAUACCUAUCAGUCAUCCCGCUUCAUCUCGUCAUCUACCCUGGCAAUUUCCUCCAGCUCUCUCCUUUCCCGACGACCUUCCCUGUCAACGGCACCAUCUUCAACUCCCCCAAGCAAUCCUAUCCGUCAUAAUGGUGUCUAUGUGGCAACCUUCAAUCCAGCUCGGCGCGCCUUUCAUGCAACACCGGCUCGACCUCGUGAACACCACUUCGACACACUAAAGUUCGUGAAGCGCCUCCAGGCCGAAGGCUUCAGCGAGGAGCAGUCCGUAGCUAUGAUGCGGGUGCUGAACGAUAUCAUUCAAGAGUCUAUCCAGAACUUGACCAGAACUAUGGUUCUCCGAGAAGACUCGGAGAGGUCAACAUACACACAGAAAGUGGACUUUGCUAAACUACGCUCUGAGCUGCUCAAUGCAGACUCUACCGAGGCGCAGUUGACUCGCUCAUCGCACGAGAAAAUUGCAGCAGACCUUGCCAAACUCAACUCCCGACUCCGCGAUGAGAUCGGCCGAACACAAGCUUCUGUCCGGUUGGAUUUGAAUCUUGAAAAGGGUCGAAUUCGCGAGGAAGCGAAUGGCCAGGAAAUGCGAAUCAAGGAAACCGAAACACGUAUUGAGCAGGAAGUUGCAGGCUUGAGAGAACGGGUGGAGGCUGUCAAGUUCUCAACAUUACAGUGGCUCAUGGGUGUCUGUACCGGUACCGCCGCUUUGAUUCUUGGUGCCUGGCGCCUGUUUAUGUGA